UAGCAGAUGGCGUUGACGGCAACGACAAUACACAAGUCUGGGAACAAUACCAUCACGAUAGGCACGGCCUCAGGCAUAUCUACCUAUUACCAUGCGCAGCUCGUAGUCCUAUCACCAGCUUCCCACUUGACCCUCCCCAUGGUCACUAGACAGCCUUCAGUCCACCUCACUGUUGCAUCUGAUAUGCGACGCCCAUCCCGCCUGAGACUGCUCGUGUCUAAAUGGUCCGUGAGCUCACUCCGCUCCAAGCACCGGUUAGCGCAAGACGCGUCUGAGGUGCCGCCUCCGCCUCCGCCUCCUCCAAAGGACGUGAUCACAACUCGCGCUGUCACUCUCGCGCAGACUGAUGAUAACUACGCAGGUGCGUCGCACUUCAAAUCUCCGUGCAGCCACCUAACAUCAUGCCACUCACAGAGCUCAGCUGUGAGUAUGCUGCUUGCUCCGUCUUCCUAAGUAGAGAGCUUUCCGUGCAGCAUCUCGGCUCGCGCGCAUUACCUCGCCCUGCACCGAGCAGGAAGUCACCCCAGCCCACUAUCCCUACCACAUCUCCACGUAUGCUUUCUGUCUCCGAAAUACGAAAGCGCCGCUUGGAGACCGCGAACCAGCAGGUCACGGAUGAGCUUUCCGCCUCUCUUGAAGAAGCCCGACAUAGAGUGCAAUCGGAGCUCGAGAAGCAGCGCCUGGAGCAAGAGCACAUGGAGGAGGAGCGCAUGCGCAAGCUCGCUCUUGAAAAAGAUCUCAGAAAAGCUGCGCAGAUACAGCGCGAGAAAGCCGAGCGCGAGCGGCGAGAGGAGGAAGCACGCCUCCGCCUCAUCGAGGAACGACGCAUAGCAGAUAGGGAACGUCGGCAGAGACAGGCUCAGAUGCAUAGGGAAUACAUGGAGCGCUCGAUACAGCAAGCAGAAGAAGAGAAACGGCGACGGCUCGAGGCGCGUCGUCAUAUGAUUGAUGAACGUCGGGCGCGGCCGCUUCCCUUGAAGCAAGAAUUUGGCGUUGAGGCAGCAGAUGUCAGUUUCCACGGUUGGGUGACAGUGCAAACAACCGGAUCGGUCGCUUGGAGACGCAGAUACUGUUGCAUAGAAAAUGGUACUGUCUCGUUCUUCAAGAACGAUAAGCAUGUGAGCUUCGUAUCAUAGACCUUCCUCAUGUGAUGAUGACUAACCUCUUCUAGCACUCUCAGCUCAUAUUAUCCGUCCCAGUUUCAUCAGUGUGGCAAAUCCGUGAGAAGGGAGACGGCUUGGGAGAGUUGGAAUGCCUGCCACACUCGUUUAACCUAUCGGUCCGAGACGGCACAUCCCUGAGCAUGUUUAUGGACUGCGAAGACCAGAAGGUAUUGUAGCGUGUUCUUCAUCUCUUCCCGUCGUACUGACGCCAUCCAUACAAUAUCAGGAACUUCUCGUAUCCAUCAUAGUUCAACUGGCCAACUUGUAGCAUAUGCUCAAAGCAGAGUUUAUAAAUAACAGGAAGCGUAUCGUCGUAACUUUAGAUAAUAUGCUAUGUACUAUAUACCUUCACACUUCUCCUCUGAUAUUUAUCUAGCAUGUCUUGCGAGGGCGAAUAUAGGAGCUGAAU